UUCAAGAAAGUUAUCCGGAAAUGUUGAAAAGAAAGCGAACUCUUCGGGAAAUGUCGGAAAAUGAACUCGAAGCUGUAACCAAAGUUUUUUCACCUGGUCGAUUCUUUCAAAAGCAUUCAAAAUUAGAUCUUCAAGAAGAAAUAAUCCAUUGGAUUUUGGAGAAUGGUCUAAGAAUCGACCAUGAAUUCACGUUACUUGAAAUGGACGACGGUAGUUAUGGCAUACUUACUGACGAAAACGGUUGCAGCUGUUGUCAGAAAUCAGUGCUAUCUGAUGCCAAUCAAAGUGCAGAAGAAGAAGUCGUAAAGAAAAGAUCGGAGAAUAGUUCGCAAGCUGAAAUGAGUGGAUCGAUUGUUGUAGAAGAGAUAAGUCAAAUUAAAUCUGAAACUAAUCUAUCAUUUACCGCACAGUACGACUCGAAAUCAGCGAUUGUUGGCAUGCAACCAUUACCGACAAGUUUAUCGUUCAAUGACAGCAUAACAAGGAUUGAUGAAGGUUUAAGAAUAAAUUCGGAAAAGAAUACUAAGCAACAGAAAGGUGGACUGUCUCAAUUUUGCGCUGAAUUAGGCAGUUGUUGCAUUUCGUUGUUCAGUAGCUGCUGA